GUAACCUGUAGAUGUUAAUAAUAUAUAUAAUAAGUUAUAUUGGAACUAUUAUUGAAAUGUUUUGCAUCCCAGCUUUUUGUGUUAAUUCGAUCACACUUAUUCAUUCAGGCUCAUUCAGAAAAGCGCAUCGCGUGGGAGAAAAUUUAUAAAUAUAUGCCAUAAGCAUCAUAAGUAUUGGAUUUAUAAGCUACCUGUUCUGGAGAAAAGAUUAGCGCAAACAUUGUGUGACAGUUACUUCCAUAGACUUCAUUCUUCGACCAUGAACUCGUACGAUUGGAUUGUAUAUAGAACAGGGAACAUUUGUUUUGAGUGCUUAUAGCGGAACCAUCAUCAUGGCGACGGGACACAAACUUGUUAAAGAAAUUACUGAUCAAUUUCUUCAUUGUAAAAUUUGCUACGAACCUUACAAGGAUCCAAAGACGCUGACAUGCUUACAUACGUUUUGCGCAGAUUGCAUUCAAAAGCAUGUUGAUUCUGACACAAAUCGAAGUUCGAGGUUUUUGCUGUACAGUCGAUUUAUAACGUGUCCCCUCUGUCGGGCUAAGACUGAUAUACCGUCGGGAGGGGUCCGUCGUCUACCGGACAAUUUUCUUCUGUCAAGUUUGACCGAUGUCGUUGACCGGAAACGAAUUGGAAAAAAUCCGCCGUGUGAAAUAUGUCCGGGAGAGCGCCAAAGGGCAAAUAACCACGCCAGUCACAAAUGCUUGGACUGCACAAAAUUGCUUUGCAAAACUUGCGUGGAUUUACAUACCACUACAAAAGUGACUCAACAUCAUAGCUUGAUCGAUAUUGAAGGUGAGAAAGAUAUAGAAUGUAAGACUCAUCCUGAAGAAAUUGUAAGGUAUUAUUGUGAGCCAUGUGACGAAUGCGUCUGUGUCGUCUGCACAUUUCAAGAACACCGGGACCAUGAGAUUUGUUCCUUCAGUGACGGGUUUUCGAAGUAUCGGGCCGGACUCGAUACUUUGCUGGCAAAGUGUAAGGACAGGCUUAAAGAUGUCAAACAAAAAGUGACUGCAAUUAACAAUGUUGAAUCUUCUCUUAAAGAAACAAGGGAAAAUAUUCGAGAUUUGGCAAUAAGCUAUAUCUCACAAGUUCGACAAACAGAACGUCAGCUUAUGCAGCGCGUCGAAGAAGAUUUUGGGUCCAAGGUGGACGGUUUUGUUCAAAACAAAGAUUGGUUAAAAGAAAACUUAGAGGGCCUUCAAACAACUUGUGAAUUAGCUGAGCUUAUCAUGAAUGACAAAGGAGUAGAAAUGCUAUUGAUUAAGAAGGAGCUAGAGAAAAAAUUGUCAAUGUUGCUAGAACCAACAUUGCCAGAGGUACCCGAAGAUGUUUCCCAGAGUAUUAAAUUUGUGCCUGGAAAUGUGAAACUAGGUCACAUUUCAAUGAACUCGGAUGACGGGGAAGAUGCGUGUGAUGGCGGAAGUGUGAAGCACACGCUCAAUGAUGACGCUGACGUCCAGCCCAGGAAACGUCAGUGCGUCACACGGGACGCCCAAACAAACACGACGCCAGAACAGACGCCAGUGGUACCAGAAAUAAAUUUCGAUUUCAUCAAGUCUGGCGAAUUGUCUUCAUCGAAAUCUGACGUAAGUGUGAAUACAAUCAAUAACGACCAAAACUCGUGUUCAAGCGUAUGUGUAAAGUGUUCAGCAGAACUUAAAAAGGAAUUCGGCUCCUCUAGCUCGUUGCCAGUUGUGGAUGGCACAGCACCUGUUAUCCAAGACAUUAUUAUAACAAACGACGGUAAGGAACGUCGACGAAGGAGAAAUUUUAUUAAGAGCCGCAGAGUUCAGACAGAUAUUUCACAAUCAACUGAAAGUCUUGACGAAGUGUUUAGUCCCAUGCGCAUGUCAAGCCAAGAAAGUUUAAAUGGGUCGUUUAGGAAAUCGAGCCAAAACUCACUGACCGCUGUUGCAGAGUGCGUUAUUACCAAGGACAUUGGGUCGGACCCCAUCGGAUUCCCUCCAGAAGAACUUCCGAAACCAAAGCCUUUGUUAGAUUUUCCUAGAAAAUACACCAGAAACAAGGGAGUGAAUACCACAGAAAGUGUUAAAGUUAUCCCGGAGACGAAGUCGGUGAGAACCAAUACCCAAGAGACAACAUUGCGUGAAUCAGCAACAAUGACGACUCCGAGUUGCAGAAAUACUGACACACAAACGUUUGAUAAGAUCACAAGUCAUCAGGCGGUUGGUACAGAUUACUCGGGACAACGAAACAAGCGCACAUCUACCCCGAUCGUAAUUAAGAUGGACAGCGGAACGUACAUGACUCCACUAUCACAAGAAAACAAGUUCACAUGGACAGAAUCUGUGGAAACAACCGAAAGAUCAGUGAUCACGGAGGCUGCAGAAACUAUGGAAAUGUCGACGGAAACAAUGUCGCCAUCUUUGUGUGACCUUGGAAUCGAUGUCAAACCGGAAAUGAAACACAUUGCAACACUCACGGACCCUGUCACAUUUGCUGAUGCUGCAGACGGCAAUGUUUCUGGCGCGAAACCAAAGGAACGAAAGACAAAAACUAAAGAUAGGGAGAAAAAGGAGAAAACGGGCGAAAAGAAAACUAAAGAAAAGAAAGAAAGGAGAGAGAAAAAGAAAUACUCUGAUUCUUGCGUGGGAACUGACCCAGUUAUUCGUAAUAACAAAGAAACGGCCACCACGCAUGCCCAAAUGAAGGAGUCAUGGACGGAAACAAUGUGUCCACAGCUAAUCAACACCGGAACUGCACCCGACCGCCCGGCCACGCGAGAGGCGGCUAUUGCAACUAACCCAGUCGUGCAGGUCGAGCAAGGGACACACACCAAUGUGGUUAAACUGCAGGACAACUCUUCCGAGACGGUGCUGGUCGUGUGUGACGGCGAGACGUUAACGGAACGAAUUAGCAACGCAGACGCCCAGACGAGCGUUGAUCUCUUUAUGCAGGCGGUAGAAACGCUGACAGAUAACUGCUAUAUGACUGAUAACGGAUGUAUGACGGACGCCGAGUGGUUCUGGGACGGCCAACGUGAGUUUAAUGUCGUCACGUGUGACGUCUGCCAAGAAACGCGUGCUUUUGUUGAUUCUUCUACGUCACCGAUCAGUGACGAUGAAAUGAAAAUGGAUUUGAAGAUAAAGAAGCUCUUAAAUGCUGAAACACAAACAGUUAAACAGAAAUUGUAUGACAAAGCUGUAAUUACGUCAUUCGAUUUUGAUGACGUACCAGAAACACCGUUGAAAGGUAUACUUUGCCAGGACGUAUCGACGUCGACGGAAAACCUGCCGUAUAUCGGGUUGCUAAGCGAUAUGGACUGUGACGAACUGAUUCUUGUACCGGGAAUAGCUAUUGACGUCAUCAGCUCUGAUGCAGACUACCAGAAAAUAUAUUCGAAUUCAUUUCCGACAUGCGAUUCAAGCGCGCAAACGAUAGUGUCGGCUGUUACGGUUGGUUCUGACCUCGAUCCGGAAUUUGUUGAAAGUCUGUUCAAAACGUCCGUGUUCAAUACGGUAACGGUCGGGGUUAAUACAGAGCACAAAACGACGUUUGAUAAAGAAACAUGGACACCAUCGUUGCAUCAACUUUCCAAGGGAAUAAACACCUCUCAGUUUAAAAAAUCUGAUAAAUCGACAAGCACUGAGUCUUACGUGCGCGCUAUGCAAGAGAACUUUACCCAGUCUCCGACAAUGGACAGAUCUUCAAAACUGAAAACUUUAAAACGUGACAUUUCCACUGAAACGGAUAACUCGCUUUUAGACGAGAAAAUGAUCGCCUGUAUUAAUAAGCUGAAAACAGUUUCUGAACGGUUGAAUAGCCCAACAACAAAAAUGUUUGCAGAGUCCAUGCCUUGGGGAAAACCAGAUCUGCAAAAUGGUGAAAGUUCAGAAUCGCUCAUAAAAGACCUUGAUAAGGUUUCCGAAGCUGACAGAAAGAAAAAUGUUAUGGAACUGGUCGCUAAGUCUAAGGAAAUGUCUAAAACAAGAGAACCUAAAACUGAGCCCGUUCGGAGAAAAGCGCAACCUCUGACGUCAUUAAAAACAAAGCAGUACCAGGAAAAGGCGGCCGAAUGUGAUAAACCAAAGCAAAAGCAGAUUCAACGCCAGGACUCGACGGAAUCAAACGCAUCGACGAAGUCAAGCAAAGCUGGGACCCAAACACCGUCAGUUCAGAAACGUUCUAAUGGUCAAACUGUAACGUCAAAACGCAGCAAUUCUACGCCAGGGAGAAUAGCCACUGUGCCAAAUCAAACAGUUUUACGUAAAACAUCCCCACGAGUGAGCCAAAAGAGCCAAAAAGAACCUACAGCAAAGCCGGCUGAGCCUGCACAAACACCAACGCCUCAAAUAGAAAAACAAUCCCAGGGACCUGAUUCGGGCUACUCUACGGUGCCCAAAACGCGUCACCCAAAACACGGUUUAUCCAGCAUAACGGAAAACCGCCACUCCGCUUCCGGCUCUACACUUUCUACUUCUGAACAAGGGGCGACAGGAAGUUCCCUUGAUAAGUCUCUUGACUUUUCGUCUCUAAAAAUAACCGUCCCUCCGAGGGCGCCGUCCGCCUCUCCGACCCCGCCACGUCACCAACUGCAACAGAAUGGCCGCAUGUCGCGUCCUAAAACGUCGCCGUCGCCGCGUAUCGAGAUUGUUCCCAGUGACGAGGGAGCACUUGAAACACGCAUACGCACCGGAAGUACUUCUUCUGAUCAGACCGACAAUGAGCCUUCGCAAGAAAAGAAGGGUUUCAUUAAAAAGCUUUUCGGGUCCAAGAAGAAAAAAUCGGCGGACAAAAGGCAUCAAUCGCCUAGCAAGUCACCAAAACCUGGCCGCAAAACGCUUGCAGCUACACCGGAAAAUCCCAAGCCGGAAGUGACGUCAGAAAAACCCAAGGAGAAGCCAAAAGCUUUCGUGUACAUGAGAUCCCGGAUAUUUUCGAUAGAACAGAAAGACGAGGAUAAAUAUAAUAAACCGAUUGUGAAUAAGUAUUGUGUGAAUAGAGAAGAGGAGGAGAAACCACCAGUGUUCGAUUUUGCUGCAACUUUCACGAAGAAAAAAUAAACAAUUCAAUCGGCGCAGCAUUUUUUGUCACCUAAUUGUGUGAUUAAAAUAUAUUGAUUUAUUUGUGCAAUUUGAAUAUCAAUAGGUAGUGAACGGAGAAAAGUGCUUUAUAUUUUGUUUCUUACUAUAUAUUAGUUUUUUUUCUUCUAUUUGUGCAUCAGUUUUAAAUAACAGUGCAUAUACAAUGCAUGUAUUUGUAUUUAUUUCAAAUGCUUAUUCACGUUUUUCUCACAAAUCUGUUUGAGUUCAUAACGCUUUAUUCUGAAUUACACAGGAAAACAAAAGCUAGGUCGUUAACAUCUGCUUAAUUAUCUAGAGCAUGGUCAUUGCCAAUGUUUUGACAUGCAAGAAUCAGAGACUAUACAUUUGCCAAGAAUCUUCUUUCAUUGCAGAAAAGUAAACAUAGCUAGCAUUAUCAUUGUAUAAUCAUGUUCAUGGGUUGUUUAAGAUGAAGAAGGGCCUUAUCAUUUAGUUCUUUGGUUGUUUUCAUGGGAAAAGAGAACGAGACAUUAGUCCAUGUUAAACACACUUAACACUGAUAGGGACAAACUGACUUAAUAAUUAUCAUUGGUGUUAAUCUACGGCUGUUUUGUAACUCUUUUUUUUUCUUUUUCUUUUAAUAUCGCAUUUUACGUAAGUUUAAUGAACACAGCUGUUUCCUUAGAACACUUCGAAAACUUGUUAUUUUUUCCUUCUGGGCGUUUUUCUUCAAUUUUAACAUUUUCUUUCGUAAAUAUAGAUGAAAGUGCUAUCGAUAAGUGACUACACGACCUAAAACGUGUUUUAAGAAAUCCGCUUCUCUAAGAUUGAAUUAUGAUUAAUGUAUUUCCGGAAGUAUUGAAUGAUAAAGGGUGGGUCGAACAUAAUCUCCAGUGUUUUCUGUCUGCAAUUUGAUUGAAUACCCAUAACUGACAGAAAAAUCGCAGAAAUAAGUCUGAGUUUAUGUAUUGAGCUUAAACUAACAUUAUUCCACUUGAAUCAUACAAAUUGCUUAUGUCAAUAGAAGAAGAUUAAUUCAAUAUCAUUAAUUGUAUUGGCGUCUGUAUAACUUUGACUAAUUACGUUUGAAUAAUUGACGUAUUAGACAAAAUGGCAUACCGUCCUGGUUUUAAUACGAUUUUAAUGUGUUAUAGCAUGAUUACAAAAAGACGUGUGUUGUAUUGACUAUGUACCAAAAUCUUACAUGUGAUAUCAGAAAUGAUCUUUGUGUUUUUUUAGGAUUAUGUUUUCUGGUAUCUUUAUGAUUUUCAAUGGAAAAACGUGUGCUUUCUAAAAUUAGUAGGAGUGUGGUUUUGAUAUCUGAUGUGAAAAAAAAUCCUCGAAAUUCUGAACUAGGUGAUACCCCCUGAAGAAUGUGUUGGUUUUUAGGUUAUUCAUGUCAAACAGUUAAAAAGAAUUAUUGCCAAAACGAGACGUGCCUGUAUUUUUUUCUCCUUUUCUUUUUUUAUAAAUUGUAAACUAUUCUGAAAGUAGGUUAUUCAUGUCAACGAUGCAAAACGAAAUUGGCAAAACAAGAUGUGUCUGUUUACUUUUUUUAUUUAUUUUUUAAUAAAUUGUAAAAUAUUCUGAGAGUAAAAUUAUUUUUUUAUAUACCUUGAAACAUUUAUUGCUGGAGAUCAAUGUGAAGUUAAGCUGUCCAUAUGUGUGGAAAAUAGGGAAUGGGGCUUAAUCAAUUAAUCAAUUGGAAUACAGACAUGGUAUUGCUAAUUUUUUUACUUGUUACGUUGUUGGUGUUGUUGUUUUUCUUGUUGUUUUCGUUCAAUUUUAAGAAACGUUAAUAAAUCAAAUUAAUUGUAUUGGCUGCAAAGAAAAGAUAGUAGCUGAAGAUAUGUUAUUUUCUCAUCUUAGGAUUUGAUUAUUUUAUCACUGAGAAUAUGAUAAUGCAAUAUAACCGCUCACUUGUAGGUUAAUCAAAUGAAAAAAAUCGAAAAAAAAUCAAGCUUUACAUUUUCUUGAUCUUCGCGAUGAAACUUAAAGAUACCCUGAAUAUUCAUCCAAGCAGAUGUUAAAUAUUGUUUUGAACCAGCUGCUUGUCGCGUCUGCUAGAUAUUUUAUAAUUUUAUCAUAUUUCGACUUUUGAAAAUAUCUAGCAACACGCGAUGUAGCACGCAGCUCCCAUGAUAUGCAAUGUAUGAUACCGCCCUUUUAAGCUCGUCUGUUUUUCUUGUGAAGAAAAAUAUCGAGAUAUUGUGAUAGCCGUCGUCGGCGUCGUCGUCGUGUUACAAAAACAUUACCCUUUUUCAUAACACAAAAAUCAUUCAAAAUAUUCAACUGAAACUUUGCAAACAUGUUGCCAGAGACAAUACACACAUGUACAGGAAGGACCAUAACUCUGGCUUGAAUAAUUGUCCAGUUAUGCCCCUUGUUUGACAGAAGAAAAAACAGACGAGCUUUGGCGUGUAUCUGCGAACCUUUGUUAUUAGUCGAUAGGUCAUCAUAAGUCUUAAGUAUUGAUAGUUUACAUUCAUGGAAUAUUAUUUUCAACACAUGACUUAAAGCUGGAGUUGAGCCAAUAGUUGAGAACUUUGUCAAAGUUAACAACGUUGUUAACGACACCGUUAUUUACUGCGCUGGAAUUUACAUCUAUAGGUAUGCUUGAGCUCUUGUAUUUCGAACAAGAUUUGGAACAACUCUUUCAGGUGAAGUUGCUUGACUGAAAUUAAAAAUUAAGCACAACAUAGAAAGUUCAAUUAUGUUGUGAACUUUCUUGAUUGAAUUUAUAUUAUGAAUUACUGCUUCAUAUGUUUGUGUUUAUAGUUUAGUCUUUUUUAUAGCUACGAUGUAUAACCUAUAAUAUAUUAUACUGACUCUGUGAUAUACUAUAACUUAGAUACCUCUAGAUUUUCCAAGGAAUAUCAGUGUGCGAUGUAUAUCAUAUUUUUAUUGUCAUGAACAAUCAUUUCCUGCCACAAUUGUAUGGCUUAUCAGUAGAUUAUAUAUUUUGAUAACAUACCAACAUAGUGGAGGCUACGCUUACCUUUUUCGACCGCAUAAUUCGUGAAGAAAACCAACAAUUUUAUCUUGAUACAUCUAUUAUGGUUGUAACUUAAUAACGCUUUAAAGGUUCCUUCUGAUCAGAAAAUUUAGAUAAGUUACACAUGCGUUUCCAAAGCUGAAAAUAAAUAUACUAAAAUAUGCUUUAACUGAGUUAUUUAUGUUUAACUCUUAUUCGUGAAUAUGUUUGUAAGUGGGUGUAAAUUCGGAUCAGAAUCUGACAGAAUGAACUAUUUAUAGGACAAGUGUUUUUUUACAUGUCGUGUUAUGUCUCCUCAUAAAACAAGAUUAAGAGUUGGUCGUUUUUAAAUCAAGUAUAAAUAUCAUUAUUUAUAAAGUGCCAGGUAUUACAGUAAAUCAAUGUUUUGUGCAUGUGUAUACAUAUGUAUGUGUCUUCUUUACAAUAACUGACAUCUUGUUGAACAGGAAAAC